AUGGUACGCACAGCCGGGCGGGCAGGAGGCUUUUGUCAGGCAAAGCAGUUUGUUAUGACAGGAUACGGCUGCGAUGGUGUUCUACGAGCAGUGCCCAGCGAGCACAUGCACAAGUUCCUCUGCGGUUCUCGUUGCUCCCGUCUCGUACCAGAUGUAACUUCCAUAGUCAUAUGUGCUGUCAAGGCUUUCUUUAUUCACGUGGUCAACAGAGACAUGGGAGAAAUUGUCAACAACUUUGGAAGCUUCUACAGAGAGCUCGCCAGUGACAGGCAACUCUGCUGGAUUGGACCAGAGAAGGGUGCUGUGCACUUGGCCACAGCUGCUGUCCUGAAUGCUCUGUGGGCCGAGCGAGAGGGAAAGUUUCUGUGGAAGUUACUAGUCGACAUGGAUGACAAACAAUCGCCAUUCUGCAUGGAUUUCAGAUAUACUACUGAUGUGCUAACAGAUGAAGAAACUUAUGAAAUACUCCAAAAUGGCCUGCUUGGGAAAAAGGAAAGGGAAGAGCAAAUGUUGAAGCAUGGAUAUCUGGCUUAUACAAGAUCCUGUGCCUGGCUGGGCUACUCAGACAGCAGUUAAACCAGGUUUGAAUGUUCAGCCUUGAGAGAAGGCUGGACAACGUUCAAAGUAAAGGUGGGUGCAGAUCUGCAGGACGAUAUCUGCAGAUGCAGAUUUAUACGAGAAAUGAUUGACCCAGACAAAAUAAUGAUGAUGGAUGCAAACCAACAAUGGGAAAUAAAGGAAGCAAUACAGUGGGUCACUACAGCUGAGUUUAAACCCUCGUGGAUUAAGGGGCCAACUUUUCCAGAUGAGGAUAUGCAUGUCCAGAUGGGACAUGCAACCAUUCCAAAGACCUUAGCGCUGCUAGGAAUUGAUGCGGCAACCAGAGAACACUGCCACAAUAGAGUGAUAUUUAAACAGCGUCUACAAGCUAAGGCCUUGAGUUAUCUCCAAAUUGACAGCUGCAGGCUGGGAAGUGUGAAUGAAAAAUUGUCUGCAUUGCUGAUGGCCAAAAAGUUCCCGAGUAAGGCUCUGCAAAAUGCAGCAGGGGGGGGUCUCUGUGAAUUAGUCCAGCACUUGAUAAUAUUUUAUUAUAUCCCAGUAUCUGGAAGCCUUGAAAGCAGAUGUUGCUACAUGGUGGUCCCAGCAUGCAUUUGUCUUGUUAGUGAGCUACAAAGGGAAGUUAGAAGUGUGGAUUAA